CAGCUCUGGUUCUCUGGAGGAUGAAUGCUGAAAAAGACCCCAUUUUGAGAUUUAAGGAUCAAAUGAAAAACGAGUUGCCACUGAUCUCUGAAGAAAACACUGUCAUUUUGAUUCCAGUAGAGUCAAAAUGCUUCUCUGUUUCUACUUCCUUGCAAGAAAACAUUAUUUUGGAAUCAAAGGAACGAUGGAAGUCGGCAUCCCAACUUUCUGGGCUUAUUAUUUUCUAUCUUAUGGUGAUAUUAGUAGAGAUUAUUGGUGGAGUGAAAGCUCAUAGCCUUGCGGUUCUGACAGAUGCUGCCCACUUGCUCACUGAUGUUGCUGGAUUCUCCAUAUCUCUUUUCACGGUCUGGGCUUCAGCAUGGAAGGCAACAUCAUACCAUUCCUUCGGAUUCAGUCGUCUUGAAGUCCUGGGUGCUCUUAUAUCUGUGCAGCUCAUAUGGUUCAUAUCUUUACUCUUAAUUUAUGAGGCGCUUGACAGGCUUCUCCACGAUAAAAAGGAGGUAAAUGGGGCACUCAUGUUUGCAGUUGCAGCUCUUGGAUUUGUUAUCAACUCAAUUUUAGUCCUUUGGCUGGGUCACGACCACAGUCACCAUGUUUUCAGGGACAGUCAUCACCACUGCCAUCACCAUGACAGUGGUAAACCUUGUGAGUUAGGCGAGGAAGAUGAAACUAGUCUAGUGCCAAGUAGUACAACGAAGAAGAUAUUGAACAUAAAUCUCCAAGGAGCUUACUUGCAUGUUGUGACUGACCUAAUUCAAUCUGUCGGGGUGAUGAUUGCCGGAGCUGUUAUUUGGCUAAAACCGAAGUGGUUGAUCAUUGAUCUACUCUGCACCCUUGUCUUCUCAACGUUGGCCCUAAGUACCACUCUACCGAUGCUUAGAGAUGUUUUCGAUAUAUUGAUGGGAAGGACACCGAGAGACAUUAAUAUUGAGAUCCUGGAAAGUGGUAUCAAGGGUAUCGAUGGAGUCGAAGACAUUCAUGACCUCCACGUAUGGGCAGUAACUGUAGGGAAACUUGUAUUGUCCUGCCAUGUAGCUGCUAAGCCAGGAGUCGAGUCUAAGGAGAUAAUUAGCAAGAUCAGGGAUUACUGUGAAAAAACAUAUAAAAUUCAUCACAUAACUGUACAAAUCGAGCAGUUAUAACAGAGGUAAAUUUUAACAAGGUGUCAGUGACAGGAAAGAUCGGAUUUUCGAAUCCUACCAAGUGUAUGCAUAUCAACUUCUUAAUUUAUUACCCCAUUAGCACAUC